AUGUCGGACCACGUCGACAAGAAGCCUCGCAUUGGCGAAGAGCUCUGCAUCAACACGAUCCGCAUGCUCUCGGCCGACCAGCCAAGCGCGGGCAAGUCUGGCCACCCUGGCGCUCCAAUGGGGUGCGCCCCCAUGGCCCACGUGCUCUUUGGCAAGACGAUGAAGUUCAACCCGAAGAACCCCAAGUGGACGAACCGCGAUCGCUUCGUUCUGUCGAACGGCCACGCCUGUGCACUGCAGUACAGUAUGCUGCACCUCACAGGCUACGACCUGUCCAUUGACGACCUCAAGCAGUUCCGCCAGAUUGGAUCCAAGGCCCCGGGGCACCCGGAGAACUUUUGCACGCCUGGUGUCGAGGUGUCGACGGGUCCAUUGGGUCAAGGCAUUUCCAAUGCCGUGGGGCUCGCGAUCGCCGAGAAGCACCUGGCUGCCGAGUUUAACAAGGACGGACUGGACAUUGUCGACCACUUUACGUACGUCAUUUGUGGCGACGGCUGCCUACAGGAAGGCGUGUCGUCUGAGACCUCGUCGCUCGCGGGCCACCUUGGACUUGGGAAGCUGAUCGUGCUGUACGACGACAACCGGAUUACCAUUGACGGCAGCACGAGUCUGUCGUUCACGGAAGACGUACAGCAGCGCUAUGAAGCGUACGGCUGGCACGUGCAGUCUGUAGAGGAGGGCAACUUUGACCACGCUGCAAUCGAGAAGGCUGUGGAAGCGGCUAAAGCGGUGACGGACAAGCCGUCGCUGAUUAAAAUCCACACGACGAUUGGGUUUGGCUCGAAUAUCGAGAACACGCACUCGGUGCACGGCGCUCCAUUGAAACCAGAGGAUUUGGCCGCAACGAAAGAGAAGUUUGGUCUCAAAGGAACCGAGUCGUUCUUUGUCCCGGAACAGGUUAAGAAAUUUUAUGACAAGACUGAGGCGGGCGCCGACCUCGAGAACCAGUGGAACGAGCUGUUUGCGAAGUAUGCUGAGGCGCACCCGAAGGACGCUGCGGAAUUUACGCGCCGCAUGGAAGGCAAGCUGCCGAAGGACUGGAAGAAGGACAUGCCCAAGUACACGCCUGACGACGCCGCUAAGGCCACUCGCCAGUAUUCGGAGAUUGCACUGAACGCCGUCGCUACAGCUCUGCCGGAACUUGUCGGUGGCUCGGCGGAUUUGACCCCGUCCAACUUGACGCUCCUGUCCAUGUCAGGCGACUUCCAGAAGGAUACUCCCAUUGGCCGCUACAUUCGCUAUGGUGUGCGAGAGCACGGUAUGGCUGCCAUCUCGAACGGUAUCUUCGCACAUGGCGGUUUGCGUCCGUUUUGCGCGACCUUUUACAACUUCAUUGGCUACGCUCUUGGUGCUGUGCGCUUGAGCGCUUUAUCACGCUUCGGUGUGAUCUACGUCGCUACCCACGACUCGAUCUUCUUGGGUGAGGACGGUCCGACUCAUCAGCCAAUCGAGAUGAACGCGUCAUUGCGCGCCAUGCCGAACAUGUACGUCUACCGUCCCGCAGACGGUAACGAGACCGUGGGUGCCUACAUUGCUGCCGUUGAGAACCAACACAAGACGUCGGUGCUCGCGCUCACCCGUCAAGGUCUACCGAACCUGGCCAACUCGACUGCUGAGGCUGUCACCAAAGGUGCUUACGUUGUGGCCAACGUAGCAAACGGAGCCGAGGUGGAGUCACUUGAGAGCGAACCAGACCUGGUCCUGGUCGCCUCGGGGUCAGAGGUGUCGCUCUCGAUCGACGCUGCGAAGCAGCUGACCGGUUACAAAGUGCGCAUCGUGUCAAUGCCAUGCCGUGACCUGUUUGACGAGCAGCCGAUCGAGUACAAGAAGGAGGUCUUCGGUGAGGGCAUUCCUUCGAUGAGCGUGGAAGCUGCCGCCACCUUUGGCUGGUCCACGUACUCGCACUCGCAGUUCGGUCUCGACCGCUUUGGUACGUCGGCUACGAUCGCACAGCUGAAAAAGCAGUUCGGGUUUAACCCGGACGCCGUUGUCGACGAGGCACGCAAGCUGUUGAAGUUCUACGAUGGCCGCUCGGCCCCCGAUCUGUUUGACCGCCCGGCUCCGCGUGUUCUCAAGGCGAUGCAUCACUAG